CACGUAUUAGCGAGCCAAAUCUUCUGCCUAAGUUCCGACGCUCCCGUUUCAUGGUACACUUCUACACAGUCGAGCGGUCGUAAGAAUAAACCGAACACCUCGCGGUCUAAUACAUCACACCUUCGGGAGACCCUUGCACGCAUUCAUAUCGUCGGCGGAUGAAGGUUUAGACAGCGACAAGAAGUUGCCGUUGAUUGUAACAGAAGUCUCCAAAGCGGCCAUCUUGAGGUUUUGGGUUUGUUCCUGUGCUUGUUGUCAAUCGAAGUGGGAAAGCAGGAACCAAUUGAUUAUGUGAAAAGUGUGAUGAUUCCGGAGAAGAGGAGAAGACCUCCGGAGGCGGGGGGAAGACCGGCUUAUAUACAUGAGAAUCUGUGGCCAACCCGGCUUCUGAUCAGCCAUCUUGAGAAUGUCUUCCUUCCUCCGUAUCGCUGUCUACCUUCCUUGUCGUAAUGGCUUCCCCCCCGACAGAAGGGGAGUGCUUUCCAUACAGGUAUGUCGCUAUUCCCGUCGCCUUCAAGUUCAACAUGGUCAAGAACGAGACAACUGACACAAUAAUAUUCCACACGUCUGCGGCAGGAAAGACUCUCCUGACGCUCGCAGCCGGCGAAUCUGGGAUCCUUAACGGCGCGGUUCACCACCUCACUGUUGCGCCCAAGUCGAACGACAAUCAGAGCCCGCCGCAGGCCAAGCAGUGGAUGACCUACCAGACUUUUAAACCCGACGACAUUAUCAAAGCUGCGACUGCGACGCUCACUGCUUUACCAAACGGGGGUUACCGUAUUUCUCUGUACACCAUAGACGAGAGAGUUGUGGACGUGAAUUUUAAUCGAUCCUGGUCUUCUGAACGGGUCAAAUAACUUUGUGGGGGUAGUACUCAGCUGUUUCCUUUCAUUUAUCGAUGGAGGUUCUGUAGUUUCCGGCUUCGGUUUUGUACUAGUUUGCUACAAUUCCUUUUACACGGAACAAACAGUCCAAUGGUUCACUUCUUACACCACAAGGAGCAGCGUAUAUAGUCGAAUGGUCCUAAAAAAUAAGCCGAACACGUUACGAUUAGUACUUCACACCUUGGGUAUACUCUAUCA